AACCUUGUUUUCAUUUAUCGCCACUGGUUUUUGUUGGUCUUCAGACGUAAAGAAGGUGGCAUUCUCAGCUUCUCUCGGAGGUGACGGCCUUCAGAAGACGACGUCAGGAAGUAAAACGCUCCUCUACAAAGACGUGCUGACCAACAUCGGACAGGCGUACAACGCUGAGACAGGUGUGUUCAGAGCACCUGUGCGUGGAGUCUACUACAUCCGCUUCACAGCCAACGCCCCCACCAACUUCCCCAUGAGCGCCGUGCUCUACAAAAACAACGCUCAGAUCCAGCUGAUCGCCCACGAGCAGCCGUCCGGCGAGGGCAGCGACACGGCGUCCAACGGCGCCGCCCUGCUGCUGGAGGAGGGCGACACGCUGUCCAUGCAGCUGUGGCACGGCACUCAGAUCUGGGACAACAGCAACCACAGCACCUUCAGCGGCUUCCUGCUGUUCCCCAUGUGAGGAGGAACACUGUCGAACCUUUAGUCAACAUCUGAGAGGACGUUUUAUCUCUGUUGUAAAACCAUGUUCAGGUUACGUCUCCGCUGACCGAACCGGAGUUCCUCUCUAAUAAAGUUUGACUGAUAAAACUUCACCUACCUGAGCUUUAAAGUUUGAAUAAAAGAAACAGCUUGUUGCA